CAACUUCAGAAAAUGUUAAUAUAGUGAUGUAUUAUGCAUGAAUUAAUUGUUGAGACUAUGCAGUAACGGCUAGUUGGAGGGUGGAGAGAGACAAAGGCUAAAAAUGUAAAUUCGAAACGGCAUUUUGGCGUCUCUGCUGAUGAAACAAGCAGAUGAGCUGCAGCCAUGGACGCUCAGCAUCCGAGCCAGGGCAAAACGCUUCCAUUUCAAUCUCAAGUAUUCGAAAACCUUCCCCAUUUGCAAACUCUUCCGCCUCUCGAUCCGCUUCAAGCUCCGCCCUUUUACAUUCAAGUUCGAAUCGAAACCCGGACCCGCAUUUUCCUUGAAACGGGAAUGUCUUCGGAUAUUCAAGGGUUUUCGCCGCAAACGAUCUGGAAAGAAAUGGAUUGUCAAAACAUGGCUCGCUCGUCGUGAGAAUUAUUGGUUUGGGAGAAGAAAAUUUCGUGCUUGGUUUUGGGUUCUGCUUUUCGCGGCCGUGGGCUGCUUCGUGAUUAUGCAGCUGCGCUCUUAUUUCCGUUCAAGAUUUCUGUGGAAUUUUUUUUGGAUGAUUUGGAACUAUGCCAUUCCUGCCCCUUCUGCUUUAUUCCACCAAUUUUUCAAGGUGAUUUUCGCUGGGUUUUCUGGAUAAUCCGGAUUAGUCGCUCUUAUCAUUAAACACUUUAUAUCACACACUAUUUUGUGAUUGGUAUCAUGUACUAGUUAUUUUAUUUUAUACUGGAGUAUUAUUUAAUUUUGAAAUCUCGAGUGCGUGUUAAUGUGUUAUACUAUCAGCGAUUUUAAAAUAAUAUUUGAUGGAUGAUAAUUCAUGCAUUAAA